CCCUCACACUUCCUUUGGCCNUUUUUUUUUUUUUUUUGCUCUCUUCCACUUCUCGUCGGAGCUCGCGAAGAAGCUCUCCUCAGAAAUCAAAAACCCUAAAAGUUCCCUUUCGAUUCAUCCAGACAUACAAAUACUGUAUCUAUUAUAUACAUUCGUUGUAUUCACAACAAAACAAUGGAGGUCCCUUCUCUGAAUUAUAAGCAGCAGGAGUUCACUUUGGCUUCCGUCACUGAUCUCACUUCCCCUGACUCAUCAUCUCUUUCGUCCUCUUCUGUUGUAGCUACGUUUUCUUGUGUUAAUGAAGUCAAGGAACUCCGAUUUCAGGAAUCUGAAUCGUCCGACGGUUUCACUUUUCAUCUUAGUUCGACUCAGCUGUUCAAGUUGGGGCCGCUUCAGUUCAUCUGUGUUUCUGAUAGUUCGACUUCUUCUGCAAAAGAGAGACCAUUCUCUCGAGGAGUUGUAAUAAAAUUUAGAGACGACAAGGAAAGCAAGGAAUUUUGUGAUUCAUUUGAGAAAUGGACAAAGGAUGCUGUUAAGCAAGAAUCAACCUUACCGAAUGGAACAGUUUCGGCUAAUAAAAGCAAGUUUGACGAUAAGAUAGAGGCUGCUUCAGCCAAAAUGUAUUUCCAUUAUUAUGGACAACUUUUACAUCAGCAAAAUAUGCUACAGGAUUAUGUGAGGACAGGUACAUAUCAUGCCGCAGUCAUGGAGAACCGUUCGGAUUUUGCUGGUCGUGUUGUUGUAGAUGUGGGUGCCGGAAGUGGCAUUUUGUCAUUGUUUGCUGCACUGGCUGGUGCCAAGCAUGUGUAUGCUGUGGAAGCAUCAGAAAUGGCUGAAUAUGCCCGUAAGCUGAUUGCUGGAAACCCAUUGCUUGCUGAACGGAUCACAGUCAUCAAGGGAAAGAUUGAGGAUAUUGAGUUGCCUGAGAAGGCUGAUGUUUUGAUCUCUGAACCAAUGGGCACCCUAUUGGUCAAUGAGAGGAUGCUGGAGACAUAUGUUAUUGCUAGGGACCGAUUUCUGUCUCCAAAUGGAAAAAUGUUUCCAACAGUUGGAAGGAUCCAUAUGGCACCUUUCGCCGAUGAAUUCUUAUUUGUUGAAAUGGCAAAUAAGGCUUUGUUUUGGCAGCAACAGAACUAUUAUGGAGUUGAUUUGACACCUCUAUACGUGUCAGCCCACCAGGGUUAUUUUUCCCAGCCUGUUGUUGAUGCAUUUGAUCCAAGAUUAUUGGUGGCUCCCUCAAUGUCACAUGUGAUAGAUUUCACUAAGAUGACGGAAGAACAAUUUUACGAGAUUGAUAUCCCAUUAAAGUUCACAGCGUCAGUGUGUACUAGAGUGCAUGGACUUGCGUGCUGGUUUGACGUCCUCUUUGACGGAAGCACAGUACAAAGAUGGUUCACAACGGCUCCUGGAGCACCAACAACCCAUUGGUAUCAAAUAAGAUGUGUUCUCUCGCAGCCUAUUCAUGUCAUGGCAGGGCAAGAGAUCACUGGUAGACUUCAUUUGGUUGCCCACAGUGCUCAGAGUUACACUAUUAAUCUAACACUCUCAGCUAAAAUGUGGGGACCCCGUGCCAAUCAAGGUGGAAUACUCCAGACAUCAUCGUGUAAACUCGAUCUGAAGGAACCCUAUUAUAGAAUGUCUCAGCCACAAGUAUACCCUACACAGGAACCACCAGCUCAGCAGCAAGACGACUUUCAUAUACAGAGCGAUGACUUGGACGAAGUAGAGUUACUACAACAUAACGCAAACGCUCAGCUCUAGAAAUAGAACUAGAACAAAAUCCUUGUAGUUCCAUCCAUGUUUUUAUACUCUGUGUGUUUGGUUCCUACGUUAGCUCCGACCCAUAAUUUUCAGACAUUAAAUCUUGGGUAGUCCAUGUCUGGUUCGACUCUAUUUGAACUAUGUAGCUUCGAUCCUCUCUUAAGAAGCACUCGCAAAUGAUUCUGUUCU